AAAUAUAAUUUGUUAUUGUUCUUCACCAGCUGUGCCAGAGAAUAAAUUUUAGUCUUUUGUUAUCUCAAUUAAAACUUUUUCGUUGAUUAAAAAUUGAGAAUUAAAACAAAAACGAAGAGUCGUGUGCUGCACGCGCGUCUGAUUAAAAUAACAAAAAAAGCCCUUUAUAUUGCAAUUCAAUGACUCAUUUAAACAGAACGCCGGUUUCAUUAAAAAAAAAAUCUAUAUAUUAUAGAAAUUGAACGGCGAUAAUCUCCAGCGAUGGCUCGACCGACGGCAACGAGCACAACAAGCAGAUCAUCAUCAUCAUCAACCUCCUCCGUGACCACCACCGUGACGAUCGAGAACUCCUCGGGGUCCUUCUCCUCGUCGCGACCUCAAGAAACCCUCGUCCUCGAACUCCGCCCUAGGAAAAAGAAAGUAACGUGGGAAAAAGGAACCGUAGACAACGAGUUCAUGAACAAGAAAAGUUCCAAGAUCUGUUGCGUUUUCCAUAAAGAAAAGCCUUUCGACGAAGACGACAGUGAUGAUGACGACCAUGAUCAUCAUCAUCAUCAACAUCAACAUCAUCAUCGCCAUCCAUCCAACGGCCAUGAUUCUUCCAAGGAUGUCUGCAGACCCAGCAGCAGCUGCACCUGAUUUUGUUUUGAGUAUGUUUUUCUGACAGUUAAUUAUUGAUGUAAUGAAUAAAUUUUCAUGAAAUUAAAUUAAUAUGAUUAAUUAAAUUUGAUAGCUAAAGAUGAACUUAACCGCUAAGUUACUGCUGAACUGGAUUGAUGUUUCCCUAAUGUUUCGGGAUGACUUGAGAGAUUAUCUGCUUAUAAAAUCGUUUUCUACUGAUUGAUGACAUAA